UGCAGCGCGCGCCCGCCAGCCACACGGUUGUAAUAAUCGCUCCGCGGCCGUCGGACGCAGAGCACUUGUCAAUUCCGCCGCCGCCACCGCCACUUAAUGUUAUCAUUUGUCACGUUACUGCUGUACGGAUGCGAAUAGUUGCAAACUAACAUAUAUAUCAUUAACGAGCUGUUAUAGCGAUCGCCACAACACAAUAAUACGUGUGAUCAAUAAACGGAACGAUCUCGAUCGAUUCAAUUUUAAAAAAAUAACCGUUCAAAUGGAGGGAUGGUGGCGUCUGAAGUUGAUGUGCGGUGUCUCGGCGUUAUUAUUCGCCGCAUGUUCUGCCCGGCCACAGGAUCUCACCGCCGUCGCAGCUACCGUCAAAGAAGUGCCACAGAGACCCAUGACCCUGACCAAUGGCUACCAUCCAUCAUCGUUUCCAUUCAACAACGGUGAACCAUUCGUUGUUGAUCCAAACUCAGGUUCCAUAGACUUCAAUACUAGAUCGCCCCCGAACGCGGCACAAAGAAGCGACGAUUAUUACGAUUACGAUUCUACAAAGUUAGAGGAAGUACCAUUCGACUAUAAGGGCGAUCCAAUUGACAGGAAGGACGUGGCGGGUCCUGGUCUGUUACCCAGGCCCAACGAUAUUGCACCCACCAAAAACAAGCAGACGGACAUCUAUCAGUUCCUGAACUUGCCCGUAAAGUACAGCUCUAGUGAUCGGUUUCCACUCAUGUCCAGCUCGUACGCCAAUACAAAAAUCCAAGGGUCCGGCGGGUCAUCACCAUCGUCGCCACUCAGCAAUCAUAAGAUGCCAUCAACCUCAACUCAAACACCAACAUCAGCAGUAACUACACCCACUACCACUGCCACGUCGUGGUACAAUACCAUCAAGUUGACUACCACCAGGCCCACCCCUCCCCCAACUCGUGCCCCGUCAACUACCACGACUCCGAUCCCGGUUCCGCAGCAAGAAGAAUAUGAAUACGAUUACGAUUACCCUCACCCGCAAGAACCGACGUCACACCAUGACAUCACUACCGCACAAGGAGCGAUCAGUUCAACAACCACCACCACUUCUUCAACCACCACCACUACAACGAAACCGACGACAGUCGUUCACCUCACCAAUCCACCACUAUCGUCGUCGCCGUCGUCCUUUAUUACUCCGGAACCAUCCACUGCUGCCACGACCGUACUACCGUCUUCGACCACAACAACACCAUCAGCUCCGGUUACCUCGUCCGUUGUCAACAGAACUACGGGCGUAGUACAGGUAACUACUGUCAGACCAGAGAUCGAUUCCAAACUGGACGGAACAUCAUUCGCUGAUUACGACGACGCGAUUAAACCAGCGGAGAAACCACACUCCCAGGAGAUGUACGGUCAACAUUUCAAACCUUUACACGGAAACUAUCAGUUCGGCGACAAACCGUAUCCAUUGAUCACCAACAGUAAAGUGCCUAUGACGUUCACUGCUCACGUAUCGUCUGGUAUAUCGUUGAACCAACCAAAGGACCACUCGUCAAAUAUCAAACCAUCCCCAGCCCCGGUGUCGGAAGAAUCGGUAUACUCAUCUAGGCCUCUACGUCCAGAAAAUAUAGAAGAUACAGUCAAGCCCGAGGAAACUGCUGUAUAUGAAAAUUCAAGAGUAACAUUCAAUAACGGUAAGCCUGAACCUUCGAUAAGCCCAGAACUUGCAUCGACGUAUUCAAAACCCAAACCACUAAAACCGAACGGAACUCCUGAUCAGUUCGAGACAGUUUACUACAAAGUCAGACCGGAUACUUACAAUACACAACAGCUUCCUAGUGCGGUUUCAAACCGACCUACGAAUCCUCUAAUCCAAAGUCGACCUUAUCAACCAGAGCCGCCCGUAAUAAAAACUUCUCAGGAUGUAUCUAGAAAACCGGUAAAUACAGAGCUUCAAAUGUCUCAAGGGCGGCCACCACCAUAUCCGGUACAAACAGAUGUGUAUGUCAAAAAUAAACCUCAAUACACUCCUCCACAGAGCCAACCAGACACAUCUAAGUUUAAACCUCCUAAACAUGUAAUAAACCAUUUCAUAAAAACUCAGCCGAACGAAGACAACAAAAGCUACGCACUUCAGACUUCUUUUUCAAUUGGUAUGGACGGAGAACGGACAGAUACACGUCCAGCACAAGGAAUAGGGCAAGUUUUAAUGGUUGAAGAUGGUUCUUCUGAAACCGUUGUUAAUCAUACGAUACCGAUAAAGACCAAAGCGACUACAUCAAUUCCACUAAUUCCUCCACCAAGACCAAUCCAAAAACAACAACCGUAUCCAAGACCUCAGUGGGAGAACGUACCAAAACCUCCUACAUAUUAUCCACCUCCGAAACGCGAUGGCGCUAUACCUCCCCCACAAAGACCGAAUUUACCCAAUAUUUUACCUCAAUUCAGACCAAACGCCAGAGUCGAUACACCACCAACGGUACCUCAAUCGCACUCCGCGACCAUUGAAAGGGUUCAAAUUCCAAUCGAUCAUUUAAGACCACCACCCCUUCCAAAACCUCAAUUUUUAAAAGUAGACAGAAAUGAUGAUAGUAUUGACGAAGAAAUUUUAAAUAUACCUGAAAAGGAAACAAGAAUUUUGCAGAAAACCGGACCACAACCAGCAAAAGUAACUACUUUGCAAAUGAUCCAACACGGAGCCCCGACAAAAUCACGAGAUGAUAAUAAUAAAGAAAAUCCUGUACAUAUUAUUUAUGCGGCAAACACUCCAUCAAAACAACCUGAAAAAAUAAUAGAUGAUUCCGUAAUGCUAGACGUCAAUGAUAGAUCUGAUAUUCCAAUAUUAAAAACUAAAACCACUAAUAUCAAGCCCACAAAAAUGGACUUCCCGUAUCAAAUCGUUAAGCCCGAUGAAAAUCAAAACGGAUCUUCGUUGGAAUAUAAAGCAUACAGUCCAACCAAAUUGGAUACAACCAAACCAAAUAUCGAUCAAGAACUAGUGCCAAAUCUUCAAGAUUAUGUUCCAAUUGUAACUCGUGAUUCUACUUCAAACAUUGUGGUUUCGCAAAAACCAAUUACAGCUACAUUGAAAACGACAGAAGAUAAUCAUAAGAUAGUUGAUGAAGGUCACAAACCUCUAUUACAAAACUUUCAAAUACCCUUCCACCCAAGUUUAAAAUUGCCAGAAAAUAGUAAUGGUUGGUCAGUUGUAAGAAAAUCACAAGUUGAUAACGCUUCUGAGAGAAUAGAUGAAGCUGGUGAUGUGGUUGGGUCUACAGAGAAGUUUGAUCCUGACAACUUUAAACCGCAAUUAGUUGGAGGUUUUAUGCCAAUAAGUCCUCCUUCAGAAGAUGCAAAAGAAAAAAAAACAGUUGAACAAUCCGAAAGAGCAAAAUAAUCUGUAAGAGAUUAAAUAAAUAUUUAUAUCAUUUACAAAUCCAUUGGAAUAAAGUAUAAGAAAUACUCAAAUACAUAAAUUACAUAAAUAAACAUGUCAUAGACGAUAAACCCAUAACUCAUAUAUUGUAAACUAAUCACCCUGCAAGUGAAUAUUAAUUUAUUCAUGUAUAUAAUGUAUAGAUAAAAGUACUAAAUAAUUACGUUAACUAAAGUAAAAACAUAAGAAAUAACAGUAUUUAAUUAACUGUUAAAUUUAAAAUAUUUAAA